UGAUCCAGCAGCUGAUAAUCGAUCGUCCUCCGCAGCGGACACCUUGUGCCACCGGUGCGAAACGAUAUCGUUCGACGGUUGUUCCCUUUUUAAUUCCUCUGGGAAACCGCGUUCCCCUGUGCGACGAUCUCUAGCCGAUUUACUCGAUUUACUGGCGAAUCCACGUACUGAAACACGGAAUACGGAACGCCGAAUAUUUAAAGUACGUGCCCCGUACUAUCCCGCCCGCUCUUUGCUCAUCCUCUUCGGAGCGGUCGUCACGCGUUCCCCGUAUCGGUGAUAAGGAGAACGAUAUCGAAAGUGAAACAGGACCAACUAUUUCAGUCCUAAAACUGUGUACGUAAAGUCAAUAGCGAUAAGUAGUUUUCAUCGAUCGGUUUUGUGUAUCUUUAUAUUGUUUGAUAUGUAUGUAUAUAUGUGUAUAUGUAUGUAUGUAUAUGUAUGUUUAAAUAGCGUUGAAGGAUUAUGUAAUAUUAUAAUGAUCUACGUGUGGUAAAUUACUGUCGAAUUUCGAUCGGUUUAGCUCGUGGGAAAAACCGGUGUUCGACGAAGGUCUGAGGCACUCGGUCACUCUCUUAUCGAUAAGAUCGGGAACGGUAAGCCAUCGUUGACUCCUAUCUUAUCUACGAAGGAGGGAAUUGUAGCUCAAAGUACGAAAUACCUCGUGUUUCGAUUGUCCUAUGAAUAACAAGAAACAAUGUGAGAAUGAUUAGAGAGUAACGAAGGACGAAAUGCAUUUUGUUACCGUCUCGCAGUAUCCUUUUAACGAUCACCGAAACGGAAGUAUUCGAAAUAUGGUUAAUCGUGCGUCCCAUGACGAUCUGUUCAUCGGGAAGGUUCGGGGGAUUAUGUUUGUAAAUAAACGUCCGUCCGAGAACGUUUCGAACACAUAUUCGACACGUACAUAACUGCAUCGUACACGUCACGGGAAUUUUGCCCGCCAAAUUUCCCCUCCGAGGCGCCAUGUUGCACGGGGUAACCCACAAUAACAUUUGAACGAGAAUCAGCGGUUCGAUCCGGUGUGUUUAUGCGAUAUGUCGUUUUAACUGUUCCCGUUUGAAGAUCGAGUUCGAUAGACAGUUGUGAUAUGGAUAAAAACGAUUACGACGACCUUCGGAGAAGGAAUAUAGCUGAAAAGAAUGCCGCCCUUGCCGAGUUCUUUAAAGAUAUAAAGGCCCAGGCGAACGAAGUGAAGGAAUUAGAAGCGAAAUUUAGGAGUCGAGAGAAUUUGGAGAACGAACCGCCGAGGAAGAGGCGCAGAACUGUUUCCAGUGCCGGCGAUGACGACGACGCGCAAGGUAAACGUGUACGGCUGAAAUUCCGCAAAACGUAUAACACCAGAAGCAGAUCGAGAAGUGGAUGCAACGAAGAAUUGAACGGGGUUAGGCGUAGCAAGCGUAAACUACAGGUUUUAUUCCCGUGGGCGAAACCGUUCGAACGAUCGCUCGAUCUAAUGAAGAUGGGAGUCUGCGACGUCGAUCAGGAAGAACAGUAUGAAAGCAGCAGUGAUAAUGAGGAUGAGAAUGAGAAUGAGAAUGAUUACGAUGAUGAUGAUGAUGCUGAUUUCGAUGCAAUGAGGAGAGGCAAAAUAUCUAAAGCACCAUACGACCCAGCAACCAUACCAUCCGUUGAUGAGAUCACGGAGAGCAUGUUAAAUAACAUAGCAGAUAGAAGUAUGAAUAAGCAGUAUUGUAAGGUUAAUGGUACCAGUUGUCAUCAGUGCAGGCAGAAGACAAUGGACACAAAAACGGUAUGUCGAUCGGGAGAAUGCAUUGGAGUUAGGGGACAAUUUUGUGGACCUUGCUUGAGAGGAAGAUACGGCGAAAGUGCUCUUGAAGCAUUGAAAGAUCCUAACUGGGCUUGUCCACCGUGUCGUGGUCUCUGUAAUUGCAGUAUAUGCAGAACUAGGAGUGGUCUUCGUCCAACAGGAAUUUUAGCCACAAUAGUGCAAAAAGAGGGAUAUACAUCUGUUCUGGACUAUCUUCAAACCACUGAAAUUCAUAAAUCGUGAUUCUAUUGAAUUCAUACGAGAUGUAUUAUUUAUCACAACGUUCUAACAUUUGUGGAAUUAUUUAAUUGAUACUUCAAUGCAACAUUUUAACUAUCAUACUGUGUAUGAAACAAUUAUUCAAAAUUCUUGCAUAGGUUGUACUUUUAUAUUAUUUUAUUGCCAUGAUGCCAUAAUUCCGGGGCGACAAAACGGGAUCAAAUAAACGUAACACAGCAAGUUUGGAGCACAAAUUACUCUUUUGUAAGAACAUUAUCCUGUCCAACAUGAUUGCUGCUUCCAAUACAAUACUCGUGUGUAUUCGCAACAUUUGGAACAUGUAAAAUUGUUUAGAUAACUGUUUAUGUAAUUUAUAAAUACUUUCUAACGCCUCCGAAGAUGGAAUCUGUAGAAAUAAAACAUUUAUUUUCUUC